CCAGGUAUUUUUUGUGCAGGAGCUGAUCUCAAAGAGAGAGCCAAAAUGGCAGCGCAUGAGGUUGGACCAUUUGUAUCCAUGGCUCGGGCAGCAAUAAUGGAACUACACAACCUACCGAUGGCUACGAUUGCUGCUUUAGAUGGCCAUGCCCUCGGUGGUGACCUUGAAAUGGCCCUGUCAUGUGACUUUAGGAUUGCUGCAAGUAACGCUAAAGUAGGGCUAACAGAAACUCGUUUGGCUAUUAUUCCUAGGGCAGGAGGUACUCAACGGCUACCAAGGCUAUUAGGUAUCUCAAAAGCCAAGGAAAUGAUUUUUACAGGCAAAAUGAUCAAUGCUACAGAUGCCGAAGAAAUAGGUUUGGCUGAUUAUGUUGCUGAACAAACUGAAACUGGUGAUGCAGCAUAUCAAAGAGCACUUGUUUUAGCUGAAGAAAUUCUUCCCCGAGGACCUGUUGCUGUGAGGAUGGCCAAACUAGCAAUUAACAAGGGAAUCCAGGUUGACCUCAAGUCAGCCAUGUCAUUUGAAGAAGGUUGUUAUGCUCAGGUUAUACCCACCAAAGACAGACUUGAGGGUCUUAAAGCAUUCAAAGAGGAAAGAACACCACAAUACACAGGGGAGUGAAGAGAAUAACAUGACAGAAAAGCAUGGACAUGAUGGAGUAAAUGUGCAACUGGAAAACAGAACCAAGACUCUGGUGAACUGUUUGACCCCCUAAGAGUGACCGGCAUCUAAUUUCUCCUUACAAUAUCACCCCUGAAUCAAUCAUUAAGGUUAGCAGA